UGGUUUGAUUCAGUAUCAGUUGCAGUUUUUCAGUACUUCAAAUUCAAAAAAGAUAUCAAUACCUGAUGAUUAUUAUCAAUGGUUGGAAACCUUGAUGCAGAAUUUGAAGACAGACUAGGUCGUUUGAUAAGAGGACCAAUGUGGAGUGGCCUUCCAUCUUCAGAUGUUGGUGAUCCACUGAAGGCACGUGUCAAUUUAGCAGCUAUGAGCAAGAGAACAACUCAGAGAAGAACUUCCACCUCAGAAUUUACCACCACCCCAAAAAUACAGACUCCAGCAGUAAAAUCCAUCACAGAAACUAAUCCUAAUGGUCGAUUUUGGCUAAAAUUGGACGGAACUGAUGUGAAAGAAUCCUUACAACAUUCUGUAAAAAAUAUUUGGAAUGGGGAUGUUGACCUAAAUGAUGGGCAGCUUGAAUUCUUACGAGACGAAUACCAAUCUAGACUUGACUGGAUAAACUCCAUACAAUUGACCACCGAAGAAGACCUAAAAACUAGUUUAGAAACAGGCUUGGUAAAUUUAGAACUAGAUGAGAAAUUUCUUCAAGAUGCUUUUAAGAAGGCCACAAAUGAUUUUAGAAAGAAAAUGAAUCAGAAAAAUGCAAAUUCAGAAACACUCAAAGGCCUGAACUGGGAAGUUGUGGAAUGCAACACUCUGCUGCAGCAGUGUUUGGAAUUUAUGUCCAAGCUUAAAAGUGAUUCAGACUCCAGAGCUAAUAUUAAGUCCAUAAGUCAGGAAUAUCCAAUAUAUUUAAAGAACUUAUUCAAGAAAAAGAGGACAGCAGUGACCCACAUACUUGUUAUUGCCAUUUCUGAUGAGCAGAGGAACAUAAAGCCAUAUGCACUUCCAAUCCAGUAUUUACCCUACAAAUCUCUGAGAGACCAGUAUGUUAGAGACAUAACAGAGCCUAUUAAAAAUGCUUUAACACUGGCUGGAAUUAAUGUUGUUGGUCUUGUAACAGAUGGAGAAUUCAAUUCUCUAAGGACACAGGGAGACACUGGCCCUCUUCACACUUGGCAACUAGUUCAUGAUUCAAAAGAGGUCGUCAGAAAAAUGUCAAAAGCAACACUUGAAUCCAUGCUUACAUAUGACGGUGAUGACGAAAAUGGUAUCCCAUUCGCAGAGUUACCAAACGAAUACAUACCCUCAUAUGUUUUAUUAGACAUGGUUGACAUGUUAAAUGAUGGUCUCACUUUUGAAGACAGCAUUGUUUAUUUGUGUGGUAAACUGGUACCCGAGGGAUACACACCUUACCCAUUCCGCAGGGACACACCAGAAUCCUUCAUUGAUCGGUUAAGAAGCCUAGUAAGCACAUAUGUUUAUAGACAUACUGUCUCCAGUUUAAAAUCAGAGGGGAGAGAUUUAUCACAACACCUGUAUAUGCCAGAAAUUGACAAGACAACGUGCAAACAACAUCAUGAGAGAGGCGACCAUAACCAUGUUCUGAAGCGCAUAGCUACAUCAACAAGGGAAUGCCGAUAUCAAGAACUGGAUCCGGAGGCAUUUGACAAAGCAUUGUUGGAUCCAAGAGCAGGACUAUCUCAUGCCGCACUUACUGGACAAAGACCCCAGUCUGUAGAGGAUGCAGAAAAGCUGUUGUCUUACCAUGUAGCAGCCAGAAUGCAGCGCAAUGGGCUGAAUAUGUAACAACUGUGGCUGCUUGGCAUGAGGCUUCAGAUGGAAGAGGAAUGGGACAACUGAGACGGUGCAAGGCAAAUUAUCAGAUGUUAAACUACAUUUUAGCAGACCUUAUGCCAUGGUACGAGGAGAAUUAUGACUUCACAUAUAUUGAUGUCAACAGACCAAUGGAUAAUAUUAGAGGGUUUACCAGAGAGACGUUUAUUGAAAUAACAACAAAUAUUGAAAGCCAGGAAGUACGACGCCUGCAAAACGCAGAAUUUGGUUAUCCUGAACACCCAAGGGCUGCUACAACAGAUGAUGUAGAAUGUUUUUUUAGUUUGACGAGACGACAGAUUGGUGAUACUUUCACUGUACCAGAAUUUCAGAACCAAUGGGCAAAAAUAGUUAGAGAAUUUUGCAAACGGUUAGACCUUGAACUGCCUUUCCAUUACUGGACCAGGAAUGAAAGGUUUAAGACAGAGGAAUCAGGUUUCGAUGAAGAUGUUGAUGAGAAGAGACUUCACACAGUACGACACACACGGAGAGAAGAUUGUUCAAUAUUCACCUCAGGAAGAGCCUUCCUACCAGCAAGAAACAAAGCCUUAGACCACGUUUAUUUCGAGUUGAUGUUGGUUUACCCCCAGUACCUGACAACAUGCAGUCGAGUAGAAGUUAACUUUUUCUGUGUUGUUUUAGGUUUCAGUGGUGUAACUGUAAAUACUGUUUAUCAGAAUUCAAUGUGAUGAAUAAUUGCUGAAAUUGGACAAUUAUUUUAUUCAUUUGUAAUUGUAGUGUAAAAGUAGUGCAAUUUUGUUUUUAUUGAGACAGUUUAACAAUAUGUGAUUAAAAAUAAAAAUUUCACAGUGGAAAAUUAGAAAUAUUCCAUUACCAGUAGAUUUGCAACUUAAACUAUUUGAUUCACUUGUAUAUCACCCAUUAUGAUGUAUGCGAGUGAGAUAUGGGGAUUCAAAAAAGCUGGUAUUGUUGAACAAACCCAUUUGAAAUUUUUCAAGAAGAUCUUAAAUCUAAGGAAAAGUACUCCAAACUAUAUGAUAUAUGGAGAGCUUGGUCGAUACCCAUUGGAAAUAGAUAUUAAAACAUGUAGGUGACGAAUUUCAUUAUUUGUACCAAUGUCAGAAUGACGCUGUAAUUGAAAUACGUCAUCAUUACAUUCCCAAUUAUUAUUAUAUCAAUCCAACUACUGUAAAAAUGAAAGGUAUGUUUUCUAUUUGUAAUUCUUCCUAGCUCAGCAAAAUAAGCAAAUUCUUAUCUAAACUAGAAAAAAUGCUAAAUAUAUUAUACUAAUUUAUUAUGUAUGCCAUGUAUGCUUUGCUAUUCUUUUCUCUAAUAUGGUCUGCUAUAUAUGUAGGUAUGCCAGUUUUACAAUGCUAGGCUAUAUGUCAUGUAUGUAUGUAUGCUUUGCUAUGAUAUG